AUUCAGGGAUGUCCCUUGGCUACAUGGCAGGAACAAAUCAUCGUGUAUGCUAGAAUAAUGAUGGCUUUGCGGGCGGGGUAUAUCCCUGGAGUGUUACUCGGCAGCCGGAUCAUCCGAGAGCUGGUCAAACAGAGUAUAGAUUGUGCGGGGUUAUGAUAUAUUAGAUGAUUGGAACAAGAACCUUCACGGUCGCAACUUUCUGUCCACUUCCCAAGUAAGGCCUCCCAGCAGCUUUUUGGCUAUCAGGCAAGCGAUCAAAUGUAAAGUGUGCCAACGUCGUCGCGUGGUGAUGAGUGAUCGUUCCGACGAGCCCUCGGCAGUAGCGCCACUCAGCUACAUCGCAGCUGUGGUUGUUUCCAUCUUUUUUCUUGCAGCCUUGAUAAUGUUUGGCACAAGGCAGAUUCUGUGCUUUCGUUCGCAUGACCAGACUGCGCCAGCACGAGUGCCCGACCCGGAAGACCUACCACUUGAUGACCGCCCAGGAACCAUUACGAAAUCCGAUCUCGAGGAGCGGUUUCCUCCGAUGAAGUAUGGUGUCUGGCGGGUGCGUUGCCACCGUGAUAGCGUUUGGGGAACAUCUGUCCCCCAUGAAGAUGCGCCACGGUCGGAAGCUGGUUCAAAGGAUGACGGCGGACGCCACGUACGACUGGAAGGAGAUACACCACUAAAGACGCCCGAGCCUGGGGCAAUUUCUCCCGAUGCAUCAGAAGACAUUCCUCCCGACAGGAAAGACAGUAAUGAUGGGAUGGAGGCCGACGCGGGAGACGUUAACCUCUCCUGUGUGAUAUGCAUGGAAUCAUUCGACGACGAGGACAGCAUUCGAGCCUUAUCCUGCGGGCAUAUCUUCCACGCCGGAUGUGUAGACCCUUGGCUCACCAAACGGCAAGCGCGCUGUCCUCUCUGCAAAACAAAGUUCUCCCGCCCAGCGUCCCAGGCACGGCCAAGCAGCCAUGUGUAUGCAUCUCGUACGAUCAUGCCUCCGAUUCCGGCAGCAGUCCUAGUCCACAGCCUCGCCACUCCACACGCACGCUGAGGGCUUUUGAUAGCUCUCAUUCUCAUAAGGCCUGGGCAUUACUCGCACCUUGGAAGGGCGGAACCCCGACGGCUGAGACGAAUGCCAAGAUAUGGGGAGAGGAACCAAUCAGCGGUAAUACCAGCUUAUUGGUG